CGGGACGUGCACUUGUUUGAGUGGCCAUCUACUCGGAGUAACGAUUUAAAAUUGGCAUCACAACUGGUACUCCUUUUCAUGCCACCAUAUUUGUACGCUCGGUUUCGAGUCUUGACUGAAGCAUUGCAACGCGUGCUUUCCAACCAUUACAACCUAGCAAAUAUGUUUCCUUGUGCACCUAUGCGCAGCAUGGCGAAUGCGAAUGGAACAUUCGAGCGGAUGCUCGAUGCGGUCGUCAAGUCAGCUGCUACUGCAUUCUUUGGCCAAUCAGAUCAGGUAUCAGUUGGCUUGCCAUUCAGUUCUCCGGGGGAAAAUUGGCGUGAAUCUCUUGUGCGGCUAUUGUUGUGCGACUCGACUGGCUCUAUGUUCCACGUUCCAGCUAACUUGGUGCGACAACAUUCAUCUGAAGAGUAUUUGAAACAUAGUGUACGGUCACCAUACGAUACAUCGUUGGCCUGCGAUGAUCCCACAACAAUCCAGCUUUCUCUCGGUCGAAAUACUGUCUCCAGAGGUGACGUAGAUCUCUACGGUGUCUUGAAUAUCCCACUCUGUUUGGUGUCCGUCGCUUCAGCUUCCGAAAACCGACGAGUUCGAGCCUGGCCGUCUUCGGGCGCACUGAUUGACAAAACACAUCGAAUCAUGACCAAAACGAGGCUGGCUUCCACACCGAUGCUUGCUCGCGAUCCAUUAUUGCUGUCACCGUAUCGAAGUUAUAGCACCGAAUGCUUCAUCACCGAAUUCGGUCCAAAUUGUGAUACUGAUGCUUCAUGUAAUAGAGCGCAUUCCACUCAACUUCCACAUCCUGGAUCUCUGAACAUGACGUCUAUGACCGGUCACUGGGGUACAAGCUCAUGUAACUCUAUUACGAGCGACACGCUGACUAGUCUCGAUCCACAACGUUUAGCAUCACUCGGUAAUACCGCCCAUUUGAUUAAAUUAUUAAAUCAAAUUAUCAACGAUCGUCAAAUGGAUCCUAGACGCAAAAUGAAGCGGCUUUACGACGUAAGUAUUUCUGAGUUUCGCGAUCAGCAAACCUCGUCCGCCUAUCUAGAACGUUUACAACGGCGCAUCGAUGCACAGGCGCAGCCUACUGUUUUGGAGCGUAUCACUAAUGUUCUACGUCGAGGGAGACAAAGUCGUUCACGUGUCCGACCGCAAUGUUCCGCCAGUGAAUCCCCACCAAGAUCGACUGCCGUUUAG